ACAAUAAAUGAUGAACAUUUGUUUUUGUUUUUAUGAACUUUGGGUCUAACUAAUCAAAUCGGUAGGGGAGAUAUUAGAACGUUGCCAUAAGAUGCAUAAAGUCUGUAGGCCUACGAGUUUACAUUUGAUGGCCACCUGAAUCGAUAUUUCCUUUGUUUGAUAUUUGUUCCUUCAAAAAAAAGGCCUAGUUUAUUUCCAUACACAUACGAACUAUUAUCCAAACCCCCCGGUAUUGAACAUCAGACGUUUUAAAGAAUAAACCCUGAUUACCAAACAAAUCUGACCAACAACGGGGCCCAAAGACGUCACAAUGCGGGCCUGAACCUCGCGGUUCCUCUCGCUCCACUCUGUUAUGCACCCAGCGCGUUAUUCUAGACGAUGUCGCAUUGUUCUCACUUUGUUCAAACUAGCGGCUGCAGUCCUGCAUCGAAACAUACACGGCACUGCAUUACAGGACUGGACUGAGCCUGCGACUACGUUUCUGGUUUGGAUAUCAACUCAAAGGAUAAGUAACUUUCUGUCCAAAAAACAGCAUUUUCAGCAUGCAGCCGGGUGAGAUGAGCCAGAGCAGGACGGAGGGGCUGAACGCUAACUCCUCCCAGUUCACGCUGGACGGCGUGGCGCUCCGCAUCCUGGGCGGCUCCGCCCACUACUUCCGCAUCCCCAGAGCGCACUGGAAGGACCGCCUCCUGAAGAUGAAGGCCUGCGGGCUCAACACUCUCACCACGUAUGUGCCUUGGAACCUGCAUGAGCCCGGGAGAGGAGAGUUCGAUUUCCAGAACCAGUUGGACUUGGAGGCCUACAUCCGCCUGGCUGAGGAGGUGGGGCUUUGGGUGAUUCUGCGUCCGGGACCCUACAUCUGUUCAGAAUGGGACCUGGGAGGGCUGCCCAGCUGGCUUCUGCGUGACAAAGGCAUGAAACUGCGGACAACUUACCCAGGAUUCACUGGGGCUGUCAACUCUUUCUUUGAUGAGCUCAUUCCGAGAGUUGCACCUCUGCAGUACAUGAGAGGAGGCCCCAUCAUUGCGGUUCAAGUGGAGAAUGAAUACGGCUCGUAUGCAGAGGACGACCUCUACAUGGCCUUCAUCAAAGAGGCUCUACUGUCCAGGGGGAUCGGAGAACUUCUUAUGACAUCGGACAACCUUGAGGGGUCAAAGUGUGGGGGUGUGGCUGGAGCCCUGGAGACCAUAAACCUGCAGAGACUGACGCCUGGAGUAGUCAACUAUCUGGCCCACAUGCCGGGUGAGAAGCCGAAGAUGGUUAUGGAAUUCUGGUGCGGCUGGUUUGAUGUCUGGGGUGACCCCCACCACGUGUUUCAUGCUGAGGACAUGGUUCCCGUGGUGACGGAGAUUUUGAAGCGGGGCAUGUCCAUCAACCUCUACAUGUUCCACGGGGGGACCAGCUUUGGAUUCAUGAGCGGAGCCGUGGAUCUGGGCACGUACAAGCCCCAGGUUAGCAGCUAUGAUUAUGAUGCACCCUUGUCUGAAGCCGGGGAUUACACCCCAAAAUACCACCGUCUGAGGGAACUGUUCAGUCAGUACCACAGUGAGACACUGCCUGAGGAGCCAACUCCCCAGUGGCGGAAAGUGUACGAACCUGUCGUCUUUGACCAGUACCUGUCCUUGUGGGAGACCCUGAAGUUUGCUGAGGAGCCUUUAAUAUCGGCCACGCCGGUCAAUAUGGAGAACCUUCCGGUGAACAGCGGCAACGGCCAGUCCUACGGGUACACGCUGUACGAGACCACGGUCACCAGUGGAGGGGCUCUGAACUCCAGGAACAAUGUCCGUGACCGCGCCCUGGUGUUUGUGGACCGAGUUUACAUCGGGGUUCUAGACUAUAAGACAGUGGAACUUGCAGUGCCUGAUGGGAAGGGAGUGCGGAAGCUGAGUUUACUGGUGGAGAACUGUGGAAGGGUGAAUUAUGGGAAAGCUAUGGAUGUGCAACGUAAAGGUCUUGUAGGACAAAUUGUAUUGAAUAAUGCUCCGCUGAAAAGCUUCACCAUCCGCAGUCUGGAUAUGACACCGAAUUUCAUAGAUGGAUUGAGCAGAGAGCGCUGGAAUCUCCAUCCAGAAAAACUCACCUACCCGGGAUUUUUCCAGGGCCAGCUGAAGGUGGAUGGCAAUCCCACAGACACCUUCUUGAAGCUUCCGGGUUGGGGCAAAGGGGUGGUUUUUAUAAACGGGCAGAAUCUUGGACGCCACCGGUCAAUAGGACCCCAACAAACCCUCUACUUACCAGGACCCUGGCUUCACAGUGGCGUAAAUGAGAGAUGGUGUGAUGAUGCUGUGUUUCGAUGCGACCGGCUCUGUUGAAAGCCAUUCCUUUGUGUCGUUGAAGAUUGUUGUGUUCGAGGAACGGGAGGCCGGUGGCAGAAUCCAGUUCUCUGUUUCUC